AUGGAGAGAGAACAGGAAGAAAUGCAAUUCUUAGGCCUUUUCGACAUCUACCUCGAAUCCUGCAAAAUCAUUUUCAGAUGGAAAAAAAUCUUCACCCAAAUCACCCUCUCUUUGAUCCUUCCUCUCUCCUUCAUCUUCUUAGCCCAUGAAGAAGUAUCAGAAAUUCUCUACUGGAGAAUCAGGCGCACAGAACACCGGUUACGCUGGACUAAAACCGGCACGCCGAAGUACGAGAAACUUUCGGAUCUUGCAUCAUCAGAAUGGGCUUACUAUAUGAUCUUCAGGGCUGUUUAUUUCACCUUCCUCCUUAUCUUCUCCCUCCUGUGCACUUCUGCUGUGGUUUAUACAGUUGCAUGCAUUUACACAGCAAGAGAAAUCACUUUCAAGAAAGUUAUGAGUGUAGUCCCAAAAGUCUGGAAAAGACUCAUGGUUACUUUCUUGUGCACUUUUUUUACUUGGUUUGCUUACAACAUAAUUUUUGUACUAACCCUAAUUUUGUGGGGUGCUACCAUAGCAGAUUCUACAGCUGGAGCAGUGAUUUUCAUGAUCUUAUUAAUCUUAUAUCUUAUAGGGUUUGUGUACAUGACUAUAAUUUGGCAACUGGCAAGUGUUGUGACUGUUCUAGAAGAUUCAUAUGGAUUUAAGGCCAUGCUCAAGAGCAAGGAUUUGAUCAAAGGGAAGAUGUUUAUUACGAUAAUCAUCUUUUUUAUGCUAAAUUUCACUCUUGUCAUCAUAAAUUUUGUGUUUAAAGCCUAUGUUGUUUAUGGAUGGAGAGUAGGGGUUCUGAAGAAGAUUGGAUUUGGGGUUCUUUGUUUAGGGUUAUUAUUGAAUUUGAUUUUGUUUGGAUUGAUUAUACAGACUGUUAUAUAUUUUGUGUGCAAGUCUUAUCAUCAUGAGAAUAUAGACAAGUCUGCACUUUCGGAUCAUUUGGAGGUUUAUUUGGGAGACUAUGUUCCUUUGAAGGCGAAGGAUGUUCAGCUGGAGGAAUAUCAUGUGCAAUUGUGA